AUGGCUAAACCACAAAAAGCCGCCCUCGUUCCACCUCCACCAGUACUGUCAAAAAAUGGCGGCCAAAAAACCCUCACUAAAUACUAUCUAAUUGCUUACAAUGUCCUGUCAGCGGUGGGCUGGUCAUACAUCCUACUUCUGACCCUAAUUCACCUCUUCGUCCCUUCUUCCCCUUCCCCUUCUCCAUUUUCUAAAUUCCUUCCAUCCUUCUUGUCUUGGACGAAACCAAGAAUAAAACCUGCAUUCAACCCCAUCAAGGCCUAUCUUCCCAAUUUCCUCUUACCCGUCUUCCACCGAACUACGACCGUGUACGCACAGGUCGGUCACAUCACCGCAAUCGUACAGUCAGCGGCUAUCCUGGAAAUCCUUCAUGUCCUCAUCGGAGUCGUGCGUAGUCCAUUGCAGACAACAGUCAUGCAGGUUUCCAGUAGACUGUUCUUGGUCUGGGGUGUGGUAGAACUGUAUCCUUCAGUUCGCACAAAUCCCCUUUACGCAUCAAUGAUAUUUGCUUGGUCCCUGACCGAGGUUAUUCGCUAUUCAUUUUACGCCUUCUCGCUAACAGCGCCCUCCUAUCCACCACCCAAAUUUUUGACGUAUCUACGAUACACAACCUUUUACGUCCUUUACCCACUUGGUGCUGGAUCCGAAGCCUUCCUCAAUUACUCCUCGUUGCCCAAUUUAUCUCCAUUGGUGGGCAAGUGGUCAGCGUACGACUGCUUUAGGGGCGUGAUGUUCCUCAUUUGGUGGCCAGGCUUAUACGUGAUGUAUACCUACAUGAUUAAACAAAGAAGAAAGGUCUCCAAUGCAGCCAAAUUGAAGGCUAGUUAA